CUCAGUUCAACUGUUACCCGGAGGCCGCCGCAGGACAUUGACCGGAUUAGAGUUGAAAACAUUGCUUAUGACUCGUGAGUCGUGAGUCGUGAGUCGUAAGCAACUUUUUCCGAUUACUUGUUCCCGCCAAAAACCCUCUAGGCACACUCUCAACCAUCGUACCGCUCAAACCCUAAGAGUAUCUUUGGGAAAAAAAAUCGAAUUUUUGAAACUAAUAGAUUUACCAUAGCUAACAUUUUCAAGAUCUAUUAGGAGGAAUUAGAGAAAAGGGUGGAAAAUGAGGGGCGGAACGGUUCAGAUUAACUGGCACGAGACGAAGCCGGUGCUCGCCUGCGAUUUCCAUCCGCUCUCCGGCCUCCUAGCUACCGCCGGCGCCGACUACGACAUCAAGCUUUGGGCAACAGUUUCGGGCAUUGAUGAGAAUAAGUCUCCUGGAGUCACUUAUCACAACAGUCUUUCGUACCAUAGUUCUGCUGUUAAUGCAAUUCGCUUCUCUCCUUCUGGAGAGCACCUUGCCUCUGGUGCUGAUGGUGGCGAACUGAUUAUAUGGAAAUCACAUGCUACUGAAGCUGGUGAAGUGUGGAAAGUCCUCAAGUCAUUGGUGUUUCAUCGUAAGGAUGUAUUAGACCUGCAGUGGUCUCCUGAUGGGGCAUAUCUGAUUUCUGGUUCGGUUGAUAAUUCAUGCAUCAUCUGGGAUGCUAAUAAGGGUUCUGUGCACCAAAUCCUAGAUGGUCAUUUUCAUUACGUUCAAGGUGUAGCGUGGGACCCAUUAGGGAAAUACGCAGCAUCCCUCAGUUCAGAUAGAACCUGUCGGAUUUAUAUAAAUAAGCCAGUAAAAGUAAAAGGCGUUGAGAAAGCAAGUUAUGUCUGCCAACAUGUCAUCUCAAAGGCAGAGUCUCAGACAACAGAUGAGCCUAAGGUUCUCACAAAAGCACACCUACUUCGGAACUACAGGCCGUCACUCAUGCUUCCUGGUGCCAGCAAACCUGUUGUAGCUGUACGCUUUUGCCCCAUGGCAUUUAAAUUGCAUGGAACAAACUCAUCUUCAUUUUUCAAGCUCCCCUAUCGCUAUAUUUUUGCUGUGGCCACUUUGAAUUCAUUAUAUAUCUUCGACACUGAAAGCAUUCAGCCGAUAGUAAUUGUAGCCGGAGUUCAUUAUGCUGCCAUAACAGACAUCGCAUGGUCACCUGCUGGUAAUUAUUUGGCAUUGUCCUCCCAAGAUGGUUACUGCACGUUACUUGAAUUUGAAAAUCAAGAACUCGGCUCACCUAUUUCAUUGCCAGGAGAAAAUAAUGUCAAUGGUGAGGCAAAGAUGUGCCCCAUUCCGGAAGCUAUCAAAGUCAGUAGUCAAGGUGCUUCCAUAGAAUGUAGAAACGAAAUGGCCGAGAACUUUAGUAAGGCUAAGGAUGAAAGUAAGGACGAAAGUCGUGCUUCACCAAGCACAGAAGUUCCUGCAGGUAAGGCCACCAAGAAGCGCAUUACUCCCAUGGCCAUUGAUUGAUUGAUUUAGGCAAUAUGUUGGCUUAUCUGUCAAAUCCUGCCCCGUCCUAUGAUAUAGAAUAUAGAAGGCAGGAAUUUACUUCAGUGUAAUGUCUGCAAAUGAUGGAGAAUUGAAAAAAAAACGUGUAGUUUGGGCUACAUUUCAGGCUUAUGACAUGCUUCUUUGCUUUGGUCACUUUUGUUUCGCAAGUGGUGGAUAAUUUACGGGCUAAUUAUGGCGUCGUUGCGGUUGGUAUGAUAUGAACUUGUAAACUAUUCAUGUGCUGAAGUCACAAUAUUUCAGCACGGAAUAAUGCUCACACUUUUCAAAAUACUAGGAAGAUGCACGUGCUUCUCACAUGAAAUUGU